CCACAUCCUCAGCUGUCUUUUAUCACAUCAUGCCUAGGCUUUUGUUUGUCUCCGCAUAUGAACAUCGAAUGCAUGCUAUCAGAAUGGAAACUGCAAUAAACUGAGCAAUUCAAAGAGCGAUGACUCGAUGCUGGCGACUGACGCCAAGAUCACACUGAGCAGCGUUUGCUCUCCUGAACACACCCCAAUGAGUUACCCCGAUAUUGUUCAGGGGGAAAUGAUGGCUGCACAGGAACCGUCUCCACCAUCUUCCUUGGAAGGCAACAAACCGGGCUUCCCUAAGAAAAUUUUGUCCAACAACCUCAAAGACAAGCAUCUGUGCAAUUCAUGCCAAAAGAUCCUGAGGAGGCCCCUGCAAGCCCAGUGCGGUCACCGCUUCUGCUCGUUCUGUUUCAACAACACUGUGAGUUCUGGACCACAGAAAUGCAGUGCUUGCAUCAAAGAAGACUUAUUCGAGGAACACACCUCUAUCCUCAAGCAAGGUGGUGCUUUCCCAGAUAAUGCAGCGCGGAGAGAAGUUGAAGCCUUGGCGGCUGUCUGUCCCAAUGAGGGAUGCACAUGGAUGGGAACUAUCAAAGAAUUUGAGGCAAGCCAUGAGGGUGACUGUGACUUCAUGAUCAUCCUGUGUCCUUCCUGUAAAGAGCUGAUGAGAGCCAACGAACAGGAGCGGCACAAUGAGAGAGAAUGUCCAGAGAGGACACUCAACUGCAAAUACUGCAAAGAACCCUUCUUGUUGAAGAACAUCAAGGCUCAUGAUGAAAUAUGUCCAAAGUAUCCAAUGAUUUGUGAAGGUUGUGCAAAGAAAAAGAUCCCCAGAGAAAAGUAUGUGGACCAUAUUAAGUUCUGCAGUAAAUUUAAAUCACCAUGCAGAUUUCAUGUUGUUGGCUGCGACACAUCUGUGGAGAAAGAGAAGAUUCAUGAUCAUGAGCGUCAGUGUUCCUAUGAACACCUAAACCUGCUAUUGCAUUUCAUCAUGGGCAUCAAGGUGAGCCUUGAGAGCCUGCAGCCCCAGAGCCUAGAUGUGACCAGCCACAAGCUACAGGAGCUCCACCAGUCCCUCAGGGAGCUGGAGCAGAAGAUGAGCCAGCUGGGUGGGGGUUACACUGCUCCCAUGCAGGGUGCAUGUGCCCCGACCCUGUUCACAUCCUUCACCCCACUGCCCAGCUCUGUGGGUGCCACCCUGGAGCUGCAGCUCCAGGGCGAAAAGACCAAGGUAGUGGAGCUGAGCCGGCGCUGCCAGGAGCUGGAGCUCAAAGUGAGCACGUUCGAGAACAUCGUCUGCGUCCUCAACCGAGAGAUGGAGUACUCCUGCACCACCAUGGAGGCCUACAAUCAUCAACACCGACUGGACCAGGACAAGAUCGAGAUCCUCAACAACAAGGUUCGUCAGCUGGAGAGGACUGUGAGUCUGAGAGACCUGUCCAUCGUGGAGAUGGAAGGGAAAAUGAGGGAGAUGUCUGCUGCCACGUAUGACGGCAUCUUUGUCUGGAAGAUCUGGGAUUUCACCAAAAAGAGGCAGGAUGCCGUGGCUGGCCGUGCCCCAGCUAUGUUCUCUCCAGCCUUUUAUACCAGUAAAUAUGGCUACAAGAUGUGCUUGCGGAUCUACCUGAAUGGUGACGGGACAGGCCGAGGCACCCACUUGUCUCUGUUCUUUGUGGUGAUGAGAGGACACAGCGACGCACUCCUCAAGUGGCCUUUUAAUCAGAAGGUCACCCUAAUGCUGCUUGACCAGAACAACAGAGAGCACAUAAUUGAUGCCUUCCGUCCCGACAUCUCCUCCUCGUCCUUCCAGAGGCCCGUCAGUGAUAUGAACAUCGCCAGCGGCUGCCCUCUCUUCUGUUCACUCUCCAAACUGGACUCUAAAAACUCCUACAUACGGGACGACACCAUCUUUAUCAAGGCCAUUGUAGACCUUACAGGACUCUAGGCAAAAGUUAAGGGCAUGCAUCUGCCUUUUGUUGCCACAAACACGUUUUAAUGAACAGGCUUUUGUAUCAUCAGUUACUUGCAUUUCUCUUUGGGGUCUGUCACCACUGACAGCAGAAAACAAACCUAUUUUUGACUUCUGGUCAAGGUUGCUGUUGGUUUUCAAAACAGUAAUUACUGUUCAACCAAUCAAACAGACAAAAACAUUGAUCACCUACAAAACUGACUGGAGGAGUUCAAUACAUUGCAGUAUGUAUACACAAAUAAGUGACUGGUAAAAGGUUUUAAUUUCUCAUCCUGCAGAAGUCACACGCACUAUUUUAGCUUUUCCAAGCAUUCCAAGACCUAGGUAAAACAUUAUACUAGUUAAAUAAGUAGAAAACAUUGUGACAUUGUCUGUAAUCUCCAGUGAUCUCUAUGGCUUGUUGUACCAUACAUGUGUCUCUUUGUUUUACACUAAAAAAAUUACCUGACUUUACUUAAGUGAUUUAACAAGGAUUUUAUGUCCAUUCACAUUCAAAUGAUGGUUCUUGCUUCAAGUAAAUGAAGCAAAACCACUGCCAAAACUGCUUGGAAAGGCCCGGCAUGACUGGGCCCACUAGCAUAACUACCAAAUCUCAAGUCCCAUGAUAAUAAAGUUAAAUUCUAAACAUUGCACAUUUGAAUACUGUGGCCUUUAAUAGUUGAUAUGGCAAAAAUGUUAGCAAACUAUUACUCAUCAACACAUUCAGCAGAGUAACAUUAGCAGCAUUCAAUUGGGAGUUGCAACUCUGUCUACCCAAGAAAUGUAAGUCCAUUAACUCUACUGUUAGAGCUGGUUUGGUCUCUACCAACUCCUGAGAAUAAUACCUGCCUCUGUAGCAGGUUUAUCAUAGUUUUUUUUGUUUUUUUUUUACUGAAAACUGCUGCCUCCUGUUGCUCUGUACAUGGUGGAUGCAAGAGAGGAGACUAACAGUAAAAUUUUGGGUUGUAAAAACAAAACAGUUAGAGAUGAUAAAAUGCUUAGUAGAAAUGAUUCGACACUAACUCUUUCUAGGUAUGACACUAUGAGUGACCCCUUUUACAUUACAUCUAGUCAUUUGUCCUAUAAAUGUACAAAUAUUGAUAGCAAAGAUUCCAAAAAAACUCCUAAUUGCUUGUGAAGCAAAGUGUAUUUCUGUUAUCUGAUUUUCACCUGGGUUUUUGUAUUGUAUUUUUGUAUUUUGAAAGUGUGAAAUUUCAAACACCAAUACAUUUCCAUUUUGUAAAUUAAAAACUGAAAAUACUGAGCCAUGAAAAUACUAGCUUUGUAUAUAACAAGCACAGCAGUAGAUGCUUGUGCUUGCUGCUGGCGUGUUCUGCUUGACAUUUGAUUGAUUUGUCAUUUUUGUUAAUCGUGUUUUUUUACAUUUAGAAAUGUGGAGUUCCAGUGUGACGCCCAUGUAGCCUUCAGACUAUUGCUUGGCUUUGCACAUAGUUUGUAGUGCAGUUGGAAUUUGUUUAUUGUUUGUUAACAUCUUUGCCUCCAACACUCAAGUCCUGUAUUAAUUGGUAAUCAUUUGUAGUGGUGGACAUUGUUUGAAUUCCAUGAAUUCUGAGUGCAGUCUUUCAGUUGUGAAUAUUGCUGUUUGUGUCUGCUAGUACGUGUAUCUUUGUGUGGACCAGUUUGAGUUAUUGACCUUAGAGAGUGGGGACAUUUUGGCCGGGCCUGGCGACUUCAUAGGGCUGUUUCAGGGUUAAGACUUGGAUUUAUGGUUAUGUUAGAAUUAGGUUUAGUUUAGGGUUGUGGUUACCAUCACCCUUUAUUUGUGAUGGUUAGGGUAAGGGGCAAGGGAAUGCAUUACGUACAUGAGUGUCGUCACGUUUGUCUGUGUUUGUGUGUAUGUGUGUACAGUUCCCAUUUCUUUGCUGUGAUUUGCAGUUUUAUUUUAAUUUUGGAUCUGUGGAAGAUAUUCGGUAGCCAACAUUUGACAGUUUAUGGGUUGUUUGUCCAAAAAACUUAACAGCGAAGGUGGUCAAGCUAAAUUGCCCAAAUGGAAAUAUUACAUAUUUUAUUAUGGAUAAACAUAAAUUUGCAUACAAGUUCUGAUAAAUAUCUGUUGAUAUUAAAUUUUGGCUUUUUCCAGUAUUUUUUGUUGCAUAUUUAGUUUCUUUGAAUUACCAAGGAAGUAUACAGUUUAAUUUAACACUUUAUAAACUUUUAUACAUGCAUAUGUACAAGAAUAUUGAAUAUAACGAUUUAUAAUAUGAUUAUGAACAUAUGUACCAACAUGUGAAGUAUAUAAAAAAACUAAAUCUGUCAGAAAAACUACAACAAGUUGUCAUAUUUUCAAUAAAUUAAAUAUUUAGUGUUCAAUUCCAAGGAGUGAUAAUAAGGUGCUUGAUAAAUACAGGCUUUGGCCUGGUAUUUUAUUGAUGCUGGUUAUAAGCAGAACCAGACGGGUAGCCAGGGGUGGCACAUACCCCCCUGGAAUCCAAUUGUCCCCUGGUGACCCCCAGAACACACUAAGAAAAUGUUAGGUAAUUAGUAGCAGACCCUUCUCAAAUUUACACAAAACAAGUAAAAAAUGAUCAUGAAGUGACACUAAACUACAAUAAUAACCCACUUACAUUUGACAUUAAAAUGCAUUUUAGUUGAUCACAUUGCAAUCAGAUAGUGCUCCCGUGAAAGUGCAGGUGUAAAUGCACGAGAUGCAUUAAGGACGGAUUGUGAUCCUUAUCAACCAAACCACCGGCGUACAGUAGAUGGUCAGUGAUUAAUUGUGACCACAUAGGACAGAUUUGUAAAUGCAUUUGCAUUGUCAGUAGAAAUAAUAAAAAAGAAAUAAUCACACGCAACAAAAACCAGCAAAGUCGCAGCAUCUAGGCAGCUAGCAGCCAUUUGCCAGUAAGAAGCAGCCCUAUCCUCAUUAUUCAAAGCACCUGUGGAUGGAGUGAGGAGGAGACCAAUCAUAAAGCAACCACACGAUAACACAGCUUCACAGAUGGCUACCAUCUUAUACUUUUUAUUUUGUUAUUUUGUUGUCAUGAGGACAUGAGCUGGAUGUGAGAGAUCAGAUCCCAAACAGAUCACACUGAAGACUCACGUUAAUAAUAGGUGUCAAUAUAACUGGGUUGAAAUCAUUUCUAGAUGCAGUCUGGAUAUGAGAUGCAUUUUAAUGCCAGGUGUAAAUUAAUUCAAAUGUGAUAUGAAACAACUGCAGAAGGACCACAAAUAAUGCAAAAAUUACGCAGAGACAAAAUAGCCAUAAAUUGCUGCAAAACAACUACAAAGAAACACAACACAUCUACAAAGUAAAAUCAAAUGACUACAAACAACGUAGCUGCAUUGUUUGUAGUUGUUAUUUUUUUCUUUCUGUUAUUCCUGUCUUGCUCCCAGGUGCUCAUUUUUAUCAUUAUCUAUCCAUGGCUAUAGGCUAUUUGAGUUACAAAAAGCACCUAUUAAUUCUUAUAAUUUAGCAUUAAUUUGUUGAACUGAAUAAACAAUGUAGCUAUUGACAAUUUGCAGUUUAUUUUUGCCAAAAUAUGAGCUAAAUAUGAGUCUUAACACAGUUUUUAUUUAUCAUGUUUCUGUUGUGACGAGAUGUGUCAGAUAAUUUGUGCAUCUAUUGCAAAUGUGGUUUCCUCUAUAAUCAUGAUUAUUCCUUUAAAAUGUGUUAAUACAGGCUCUGUGUCUAAUUUAGUCAAUUUAACAUGAAUGCUUGUAAUAUAACUAAAUAAGCAGAAUAUCAGCGUUGUUGAACACCCGCGUUAUAUUUCCAUAUGGGUGAAGCUUUGGUAGCGAUUUGACAUGUGGAGGCUGGAAGUGAAAGGUGAAGGUGUCAGGAUGGAAACAGCUGAGGUUCUAAAAGAGGUAAUGGUUAAUGUUAUUGUGAUACGCUCCUGUUUUGGGCUUCACUUACAUCUUUGAAUUGACCUACCUUAUACAGAAAAAGUGCCUGGACCUUUUUGGAUUGACUGCAGCAGCGGGGCCCAGCAUUAGAAACGAGAGUCUGAUGCGAUUACAACACUGGUCGAUCAGCCGAGUGUUGGAGUUUUCCCAUUGGCUGUUGCCUGUUCAAAAGGAAUGAGCAGUAACAGUUUUACAUACAGUGUUACCAACUUAGUGCCCAUGAUGUUUGAUUUAAUAACCUUUUCAGACCUUAAGCUGAUUGACAUAUCAAGUAACUUUUUAGUCAAACCUUAGCUACUUAGGUAGUAUUGCCCCCGGGAGUGUGAUGUCAGGCUUUCUCACUGUCUGAUAUUUUCAUGUUAAUACUUCCAAAUCACAGCAGUUGUCUUUAACGUAUGUGUCUGAUGGUUUUGUUAGACAAUGACAUGGUUAUAAAAUCAGGAGAUUUGCAGAGCAGAUAAGUGACUAACAUGGUUAAUAUGUCGUCUUGAUGGGCCACGUUUCGGUCACUGUUUCAUAUUUGUUCCAUUGUCUGUAAACAGAAACAGAAAAACAUGUACAUGGCAAAAGCUUGAUAAUGGAUUUGGCUGUAUUAAAACACUAUAUGUGAGAACCAAGAGUAGGAGAGAUGGGACCAGAUAAAGGGCUGAAUGCAACUGACUCUAGGCCAGAUGCUAAUAUGACGCGAUGACGCCAUUGCCAUUAGUGUAUCAUGUCAUGUAGAGAGAUUUACUGACUUUUACAGCAGGCUUUGAAAGUUGUAUACAGCGGUUCAGCAACAGUUUCAAUGCAUCUAUGUCCAUUCAAGUUUCAACAGUGUACUAGCUUUGGACCUUGUCUUGUUAUAUGUUUCCUGAGCCCACCGAGUUGUGGAUGGGCUUUCCAGUGUGUUUAAACCUACCAAAAUGUGAAAGUUAAACUUUUAUGCAGUGUGUUCUCAAUUUGUUUCUUCAAACCAAGCGACUAAGACUGUUUUAAUAGUCACAGUUCAUACAUAAAACUUGUUAAUGUUAUAGCAUUUCUUUCUUAACCCAUACUCCAGACAAGGUUAAUAUAUCAACACUCCUGUUUUGGCAUCUUUAGCUAAGCACAUCCAGUCUUUUUAUUUUUUUAACUCUGAACAUAUACUGAAACCUCUCUGUGCAUGAGAAGUUUUGUAUGAUUUCAUGAUUAAUACAUGCAGCAUAUGUUGGAAUGUCAAUCUGGUGCAAACUUUGAUGACUUAGGGUUUAAUGACGUAUGUAAGAAACGUUAACAAGGAGCAUCGGUUGGCUCAGUGGUAGCGCUGGCGCCCUGUGUGCAGCGGCUGUGGGUUCCAACCCAGCCUUGGCCAUUUGCUGCGUGUCCUCCCCACUCUCUCCCUGCUUUCCUGUAAUAACUUUCCAGUCAAAACGCCCAAAAAAUAUCUUUAUCAAAAAAGAGUAAACACAAAUAAAUAAUAUAUACACUGUAUUUAUUGAAGAAAAAAGUUAAAUUGUAUGUUGAGACAGUUUAAAAGCCUGUGUCGGUUCAUUUGGGUGAUUGUGACAAUUUGCAAAAGGGGCAUGAUGCACACUGACUGUGAUAGGUUGCAACUUAUGUUGUUGGUUCUUGCUUUCUUGUUACUACAGAAACAUAAAUCUUAAUUUUCUUUAUUUAGAAUGUGUUGCCAUUUUUCCACAACACAUUUUGUGUGUACAACUGUGGCCUCAAAUAAAUUAGCUGCUACA